CACCUACCGAUUAUUGGGGCUUAAGCUUUGCUCACAACAGGCAGCUUCAGUUAACAUCCCGGGGCUGACAUGGAGCUGCUGGGUCUCCCUACGCUUGCUCUCCUGGUUUUGGUGAUGUCCCUCAGCCUCCUUUCAGUGUGGACAAAAAUGCGCACUGGGGGGAGACUGCCCCCUGGCCCCACUCCACUUCCCAUUAUUGGGAAUAUACUGCAAUUGGACCUCAAAGACAUCCCUGCAUCGCUUUCCAAGCUGGCCAAAGAGUAUGGGCCUGUUUACACUCUGUACUUUGGAUCCUGGCCUACCGUGGUCCUACAUGGCUAUGAUGUGGUGAAGGAAGCGCUACUCAAUCAAGGUGAUGAGUUCCUUGGGAGAGGACCUCUGCCCAUUAUCGAAGAUAGCCAGAAGGGACAUGGAAUUGUUUUCAGUGAAGGAGAGAGGUGGAAACUCCUGCGACGCUUCUCCCUCAUGACGCUGAAGAACUUCGGAAUGGGGAAGAGAAGCCUAGAGGAGAGGGUGCAGGAGGAAGCCCGGUGCCUCGUGGAGGAGUUACAUAAAACAGAAGCUCAGCCCUUUGACCCCACCUUCAUCCUGGCCUGUGCUCCCUGCAACGUGAUCUGCUCCAUCCUUUUCAACGAGCGAUUCCCAUACAAUGACAAGACAUUCCUCAACCUCAUGGACCUUUUAAAUAAAAAUUUUUACCAACUGAACUCUAUAUGGAUCCAGAUGUACAACCUAUGGCCGACGAUCAUGAAGUACAUACCUGGAAAGCAUAGAGAAUUCUCAAAAAGGCUUGGUGGUGUUAAAAACUUCAUCCUAGAAAAAGUGAAGGAGCACCAGGAGUCCCUGGACCCCGCCAACCCUCGGGAUUACAUCGACUGUUUCCUCAGCAAGAUCGAGGAGGAGAAACACAACCUGAAAUCUGAUUUUAAUCUGGAGAAUUUGGCCAUCUGUGGGUCUAACUUGUUUACGGCAGGCACAGAGACAACCAGCACCACCCUGAGAUUCGGGCUUCUGCUCCUUGUCAAGCAUCCAGAGGUGCAAGGUACCCCGAGUGAAGAAGGAGCCAAAGUUCAUGAAGAACUUGAUCGUGUGAUUGGACGCCACCAACCCCCCAGCAUGAAGGACAAGAUGAAGCUGCCCUAUACAGAUGCCGUGCUGCAUGAGAUUCAAAGAUACAUCACUCUCCUUCCUUCUAGUCUGCCCCAUGCUGUGGUCCAGGACACAAAAUUCAGACACUAUGUCAUCCCCAAGGGCACCGCUGUGUUCCCGUUUCUGUCUUCCAUCUUGUUGGAUCAAAAGGAGUUUCCCAACCCAGAGAAGUUUGAUCCAGGACACUUUCUGGAUAAAAAUGGCUGCUUCAAGAAAACAGACUACUUUGUUCCUUUCUCCCUCGGGAAGCGAUCCUGUGUUGGCGAGGGUUUGGCCCGCAUGGAGCUCUUCCUGUUCUUCACCACUAUCCUGCAAAAAUUUUCCCUAAAGGCUCUGGUGGAGCCAAAGGACCUUGAUAUCAAGCCUGUUACUACUGGGCUUUUCAACUUGCCACCGCCUUACAAGCUGCGCCUUGUUCCAAGAUAGGAGUUUCUCCUUUUAAUCAUUCAAAUCAAAGUAAUUGUUCUCUUUUUUUCUAUAAACAGUCUAUUUUGCUAAGUGCUACCUAGGCCAGAAACAUCACUCACUAACAGCACGUGGGCAUUUGUUUCCAUCUUAAAACCUGGGUCCUGAAAGCUCCCAGGACACAGGCAGGGUGUCUCAGUUCCUCAGCUGUCUAUAAACUAGGCCCUAAGCACAACUGACACCAGAUCCACAAGGCCCUCAUCAGACGCCACCUGCAAGCAGCUGCGUGCUCUUCUGUGGCUUCAGAAAUAGAAUUAUAUUCUGUCACUGUUUCAAUAGAGAAAUUAAUGUACCAGCCCACACACAUUUUCCUAUUCUCACGUAAAAGCAUUUAUGUGGUUUGUGUCACCUUCAUGAAAUAAAUUCUCACCCCAAUAAUA